CCAAAGAUGGGGCCGCUCGUACCGGGGGCUCCCGGGAGCAGGAUGGGAGCCCCGAGCCCCGAGAGGAGCCUGGUUGUCCUCUUGCUGCUCGCCGCCCCGCUGGCUUCCAGGGCCACGUCCACUUGGCCCGUCCCAGACUGGAACAGAACCCAAGGCUCUUCUGCUCUGUCACGUCCCCGCCCAGAGCUGGCUCAGCGUGGUAACCGCAGUGGUCUGGCGGCAAACUCGGGCGCUCAAGGGAUCCAUCUGCUUCUCCGACCGCCGGACCUGCUCGCCCCCAGCCUGACUCCGCCGCUCGUCCCCCGCAAGCGGCCCACCCCGGCCCCCCCGCCGCCCUGGGAGCAGAGUAACUCCCUGGAGGAGGCCUGGGCUUCAGGAGACUACCUGGAGACCCUGUCUUUCGUGCUCCCCGAUGGCGAGGAUCUGGCCCCGGCCACCCCUCUUCCCAGCCAACUUUACGACGACGACACAGGGGGCGACUGGGCGCCCGCGUACGACGGCGCCUUACCUCGGCGUCCCACCCCGCCGCUGGACGCACGCCUUCGCUUUUCACCCUCCGCCGGCGCCCCCCCGGACGUCUUCCCCGCCUGGGACGACGACUACGACCCCGAGGACCUGUCGCCGCUGCAGCCCACCGAGCUUCUGCUGCCCGACAUGAACAGUUUGGAAUACUACACCAACCUUUUGGCCAAGGAGCGGGCCAAGGAGGGAUCCCGUCCCCCCUCCGAGCCGGAGGGCCAGGAGAAGCACGGCGUCCCCGAGCUGUCCAUCCCGCCCACGCCAACCCACAAGCGAGGGCGAGCCGGCGAUCCCCACGUGCGGACCGAGGCGUCUCCCGGUUCCGCUGCCACCCCGCGGAGGGAGUCCGAGCCCGAGCCUCCGCCCCCCAGCCCUGGGGCCGGUGAGUCACCGACUGUUGCUCCGGGAGAGUUUGGGGCAAGCCCGGCGUCUCCUAGUUCCCACGCCAUCGGCCCGGCGCUUCCGCCGGCUCGUCCCGCCGAGGACGGGCCGGGCGAGGCCGCCGCCACCGAGAGGACGGCCGUCAGCCUGACCCGAGCACCUCCACCGACCACGCCCAGGGCGGCGCAUCCCCCCGCUGUCAAACGCUAUCUGUGCAACGUCACCAAGCCCGAGUCGUACCUGGUCCGAAUAGGUGGCGCCAGAGGCUCGGCGGCUGGUUUCACUCAGGUCCGGGACCUUUUGAGGCGAGAGUUUAACCGCUCCGUGGAGCUCCAGUUCUUGAGAACGCCGUCCAGUUUUGCCUUCCGCGUGGUCUCAGGACCGUUGAUCUACACCGCCAUCGCCGUGGUCAACGCCCUCCGCCGAGCGCAACGUCUCUCGGGCCCGCUUCCCGUGUCCACCCUCUAUGCCGUCCCGGACGUCAGGUACCAGGUCCACACGGUGCUGCUGUUUGUCCCCGCCCACGUGGACGUCAGAGUCUGCGACUUCAGUGAGCGUGUGGAGAGCGGCCUGGUGAUGGCGUACGUCCAAACCCGCCGACGCUUUUUAGAGUCUGGCGCCGUGGCCGUGCAGCUGCUGAACAUCACGCUGGGCGCGGCGAGGCCGGCGGGCGAGCUCAAGGUUCCCGUCGACAUCGUGUUUGCGGUGCGGGACGGGCGAGGAUACGUGGCGGGAUUCCAGGUCAGCCAGCAGCUGAGGAAGCUCAGCCCAGUGGAGUUCAGCUUCUACGUGGGCUUUCCCGCUCUGCAGAUCGCCGAACCUUUGCGUUAUCCCGAGCUCAACACCUCCCAUCACCUGAGGUCCACGUGGGUGCGCACGGUCCUGCUCGGCGUUCCCGAUCAGAUCUUCGUCCAGCCAAGUUUUCAAGCUCGCGUGGAGCGCCGCUUGGCCUUGCUGCUGGAGGAAGGCCUGGGAUCGUCCGGCGGUCGGCGCUGGAGGAGAGCCACGGCCAUGGCCAACGGCAGUCUGCAGGUGGUACGGGUUGCCAGGAUGUCUGGGCUGGAGCGUCCCCUGGAGGUCUUGUACUUUGCGGAGGGACCAGGAGGCGCCCGGAUACCGGCGGAGGAGACAGCGGACACCCUGAACGGCUUGGACCUCCAGCGAGCCGCCAUCGUCCUGGGACACAAAGUCCAGAGACCGCUGGCCCAGCCGGUAGAGAGCGCAGCCGUGCCGCCCUCCGAGACCCAAAGCGGCAGUGUUUGGCUCAUCGUCGGCGUGAUCGUGCCCGUCUCGCUGGCCCUUUUCAUCAUUGUCUUGCUCUACUGGAAGCUGUGCGCCUCGGACAAGUUGGAGUUUCAGCCAGACGCCGUCAACACCAUCCAGCAGAGACAGAAGCUUCAGGCCUCCAGUGUGAAAGGCUUCGACUUUGCCAAACUUCACCUGGGCCAGCACAGCAAGGACGACAUCAUGGUGAUCCAGGAAGCCACGCCGGCGGCCAAGGAGCCUCCCGCCGCCGACGGCGGCGUAGACAGCCCCAAAGGCUCGUCGGCCAAAAGCGGCAGAACCGUGCGUCACCGCGCCAGGGCCAGCCAAUCGGACGCCGACUCGUUUGGCAGCGAGCGAUCCAGCGGCAGAGACUCGCCCGGGGAGAGCGCUGGACCCGCCGCCGCCGCCGCGCCCGUGGAGGCCAAGCAGCCGAAGAAGCCGCCCAAAAGCGCCACGCCGGCUACAGAUGAGCUCAUGUCAUCGUCUUCCAUCUUUGACCACGUAGACCGUCUUUCCCGCGGCGGCUCGUCGGACGGCACGCGGCGUCCAGCUGGCAAAGUGCAGCUGAUGGCCAUGCAGCCGCGGCCCGGCGCGCCGGCGCGGCCCAGCCCAUCCCUUUCGCAGAAAGUCAGUACCGAGGUGGAGUUGCGACACAAGUCCGAGAUGGAGCAGCGCAGGAACAAACACCGACAGCACGCCAAGAGACGGGGGCAGUGUGAGUUCCCGUCCAUGGACGAUAUCAUGGACGCCUUUGGAGACGGACCGGUCCAGACGGAAGCGGCUCAGUGUCUCUACGGUUCAGCCCACGACCACACGGACUACGCGGACUGCGCGGAUUGCGUCCCGCCGCCCGACACCCCAUCCCCAGAACAGCGGCGGAGAGGAAGGCGCUCCCCCCGGGCGCGGCGGCAGCCGGCUCCGGCGGGACCGGGAAGUCUUCCGGACACCGACCAGGAUCGCCUGCUGGUGGACCAGGGCGCCACCUACAGGAAGUACCCGGGACUCAACAAUGUGGCCUACAUGUCGGACCCAGACCUGCCCCCAGACCCCGGGAGGAGCCCGUCCCCCACCGAUGAGGUGUUUGAUGCCCGGGCCGGCGCGGGCCCGCCCCCGUACAUGCCGCCGCGACCCUCAAUCGAGGAGGCCCGGCAGCAGAUGCACUCCCUGUUGGACGACGCCUUUGCUCUGGUGUCCCCAUCCUCGCAAGGCCUGAGCCCGGCGGCCCUCCCCCUGGCGAGGCAGUGGGGGUCCUACCCGGCGGGGCCCUCCCACGACCCCCUCCACGCUAUGUACGCCGAGCUGGGAGUUUCUCCGACCUCUGGCCUGGGGGCCCGAGGUCAUCUGCAGAGGCAGAGCUCAGGAGGCGAGCAGCUGCAGGAUCCCUCGUACCCCAGCAGGGGGCAGUACGGACAACUGCCCCCCUCCUCCAGACCCAGACCCGUUGGAGGCGGCGCAGGCGUCCAGCACUUGACCCAGGUGGGCUUGUCCAGCCAGAUUGGGGCCUGCGUGGGGCGCAGCGCCUCGGGACCCACCGGCUCCUCCUGGAGCGAGAGGCGCUCGGACCGGGACCUGGACCCGGAGAGCGGCGCGCCGCUCUCCUUCCCGGAGUUGUCGUCCUUGCCGCUUUUCCAAUUGCCCAGCUCUUCGCUUCGGGAGCCGUCGGGGCCGCCUCUCCUCCUCGCCUCCCCGACUCCCGAGUACUUGCCCGAGGACGCCUCACCCUCCGCCCAUAGCUCGGCCUCCCUGAUCAAGGCCAUCCGAGAGGAACUCCGCCGACUGGCCCGGAAGCAGGCCGUGGCCAGCUACCCCUAGAGGACGCGGCCGACCGGCGGCUCUAAGCCCGUACCCGGUCGACGCCCGACCCGGCGACGUGACCUCCGCAAAUUUGACCGGGUCUCUCUGGCGUGUCCCGACUGGAGUCAGUUUUUGUUUUUUUCCACGCGGCUCUUUUGGACCGGAUGGUGGCCAGUUCCGACGUCGGGCGGUGCUAAGUGUCAAUGGUCGGUCGCCCGUUUGCUGCCUCUGGAGGCUCCUUCCCGUCAAAUGUUGCUACUGAGAUGUUUAUCAGUGUGUCAGCUUGUGGUUAGAUGAAGUCACACAGGUGCCAGUCUGAUUUGUCUUGAGAACGUCAAGUCACCUUAUUAGGGAAAAAAAAAAGUCCAAGCCGAUGAAGCUUGGCAACUCCUCCGACGUCUUGCUGUAUUU